GCUCAUGCUCAUAGUCUGGUCUUAGGCAGGUGUACUAUCUUGGGUUUACGCCCAGUAUUACGCUCCUUUGUGAAAUGCGAUUUAGGCCGGUCUGAAUUUUGGUGUAAAGUUACUCGGCAUAAGUUACGCCCUAAAUAUACACCUUUUUAUGAAACGGUCCCCAGACUUUUGUUAACUUUCUAGGCCCAGGAUGAAUACUUCCUUGUCGGUCACAAUUCUUUUGCUACAAGUUGGAUACAUCGUGUCUCAGUCAUGUCCCAGUACUGUGGAAAGCUGCACUUGUGAAAAUGCAUCGACCUCAAACAAAAGAAUUAUAAGAUGUAGAAAUCUCAAUACAAUGCCAAAUUUUAAUCCAUCUAUAGAAGUUUUCCUGAAACUUGAUCUGGAUGAUCCAAGUAAUACCAUACAAGUACUUCAAAACAAUGCAUUUGACGGAAUUCUUGUAGAAGAAAUUGACAUGGCUAAUGAAAACCUCAAAUUACGUGAUAUUCAACCACAGGCCUUUUCUGGAUUGCAACAACAUUUGAAAAUCAUCAGACUGCAGGGUGACACAGCAAUACCUCCACCAUUUGAACCUAUGAAAAAUUUGACAAAUUUGCAAGAACUUCAACUACAGUUUUUUUCUUUGCCUAUAAUCGAUGAAACUACAAAGUUCAACUAUUUUCCUAACUUGCUCACCUUGCGGUUGCGAAACACAGCAACAACAUUUGUGUCAUCUAAUUCUUUCAAGAAUCAGCUACUGCACUUAAAACGAUUUGAAUUUGAAAAUAAUGCUGUGCAUACUUUUCCUAAGCCUGCCAUUAAUCGACUAAGAACUUUGGAACAUCUUUCAUGGGUUCAUAAUGGAAUGAGAAGCCUCACAUACGGAUCCUUCCACUCUCUAAAUAAUCUCAUUGAAUUAGACCUAAGGGGAAAUGAUAUAGGCACUCUAGAUUAUGAGUGUUUUAAAGGAAUCGCAGAAAAACUAAAGUUUCUCAGUCUUCAAUUCAACAGACUGAGUGAGUUCAACAUUGCGCCAUUAGGAAACCAUUCUUGGCACCGACUGGAACAGCUUGACUUAGGAGAAAUAUUGGCAGACUUUAAAACAAUUCCACCGGGUUUUUUCAAGAACAUGCCCAAUCUGACCAGUCUAACGUUGUCUAGAAAUAAAUUCAGAGUGAUAAAAAGUAAUGAUUUUGAAGGUCUUGGAAAAAUGCACUCAUUGGACUUGUCUGAAAACUGGAUAAACACAAUUCAGAAAGGUGCAUUUGCCCACAUGUCACUUCUAGACACACUGGAUUUACGAACCCAGUUUGAUGUCAGUUCCAGCAAUCCACUGAAUUUCAGCCUAGAUGCAAUUCAAGGCUCUGAACUUGCUAUUAAGACCCUAUAUUUACAGGAUAACUAUUUAAUAGAACACUAUGCAUGGGAAGCUAUCGGUGCCAUGAAGAAUCUGAAUAUCUUAGACAUUUCUAGCACAAAACUGUCCAACAUCCCACCUUUAAUUUUCUAUGGUCAUAAUCAUUUGGGUGACCUCAGAAUAAUGAGUAACUCUAUCUCAGCACUAAGACAAGAAUCACUAUAUGGACUCAAAGAUUCCCUUAUAACCAUAGAUAUUUCUUCUAACCAGAUACACACAAUCAAUGAAUGUGUCUUUAAGGGAUUUACAAAACUUAGGUUCAUUUUCGCAGGAAAUAAUAUUCUUGUUUGUGACUGCAAUAUCUAUGGAUUUUACCAGUUUCUCAGAACAACGAUCACUUCAAAAGAAGGAUAUGCAGAUGCACGUUGUAUUAAUUUAGCCCACAGAAGUUUGACUUCACUGCAAACUACUGAGUUUUGCCAAAGCCUACCAACAGAGGCUACCUGUCCAGAGUUCACAACAACAACAAAAUACAUUCCGACAAUACUACCCAAACCAGAUGUCCAGAUUGGAAGUGAAGUUAUUGGAUAAUUCCGUUUUGAUUUGGCCAUUCGAAAAGUUUUGAGUUCUGGAUUGUUUACUGUGCACGCCAUGUACACAGUGUGUUAUGCUAUGAUAUACAAUUAAAGAAUAUUAGGGGGGGGGGGGGGGGGGGGGAGUCAACAAGAUUCCAUUUCACAAGGCUCUUGGGCAGCUAGAAUCUUUCCGUCUCCCUAAAUCAUAUAUCUUAACCAUUUUGUUAUUCUGAUACAAAAAUGAUGCCAGAAUUAAUAUACAUGACCCACUCCUUGUUGUUUGCUACCAUAAACUGGUUCUUAUUGAUUGAUGGUCCAAGUAUACAGGGACCAGUUAACUUGUGAUGCAAUUCCAUUAUAUAAUGACUAUUCAUGAUUCAGAAAAAGAAGUUGCUAGGUGUUCUGAAUAGGUUGCAGAGGUGUUAACAGUUCAUCAAACUGACGUAUCUCUUUGCAGGAAAAUCUUUCAUUUUAUGAUUUUCAGGGAAUCAGCAAAAAAUAUAUACUUUCAUAUAUUUGCAGUGCCUAGAUAUAGACCAUCUUAUACUUAAUCCACCUGUGUUCUUGUUCUUCGUCUUCUUUCUUUCAACUAUAGUCCAGCUGGACAUGUCAUUACUGGUGAUGUUGAUAUAUUUGAAAAUGAGGACCUGAAAUCACUUAUUCUAAAAGGCUAUGGUAUUUUGCGGAACAGAAUGAAACCGAUUAUGGGGUACCUUAAAGGGGAAUCGACUGUAAAAAGUAGAGGGUUGUAAAAUGAAGAACUGGGCUUUAAAGUUCUAGUUUUUAUAUACAAUUGUAUCCAAUCAUGUGAACUUUUCUUCUGUGUUGAUAUCUGUAGUUACUGUAUAAACUAUGUUUAAUUUUU